AUGAAUAGAUAUUAUGAAAAUAACGGGAAUGAUUAUGGAAAUGAUCCAUCAGAUAGAUCUCGCAACCAAUUAAUCUCCACAUCAAAUGAUGAUCUCAUUCGUAUCGAUAUCGAAAGUAUAACAUUCCUUCCUCAAAAAACUCAACUCUUCUCCGGAACCAUCACAGAUGAAACAUUAUUUGCUGACGUAACCACAAGUGUCGAAUGUACAAAUUUAGAAUUAUGUGUUAAACUUGGUCAAGAAGGUGUUUCUAUAAUUUUAGACCGUUACUUAGAAGAUAUUGAAUCAUCUGUGGAUGAUCUUAUAAGUGUACUCGAUAGUGAUGAAACGGAUAAUAUAGAUGAGAAAGAUUUAAAAGUUAAAGAAAUCAUUUUUAUAGAAAUUAAUCAAGUAGUUGGGUUCAAAAUAGAAAGUCGUAAUAUUUAUUUUGAGUUUGAUAAAGGAAUUAUAAGAGAG